AUGAGAAACGCAGCGGCGCGGGGACCGGUAUUCUCGCCACGGGACUUGACGUCGCCGUCUCCUGCGCCAUCUCCAUCGCCAUUGAGCGACGGGCACGGAAGCCUCCUGCAGUUCCCAGCAUUCCCAGUUCUCGACUCGGCCUUCGACGUUGUCACCUUGUCUCUAAUCGCCUCCCUUAUUAUCUUCUCCCUCGUCUCCCUCGUCUUCAUCCUCCAGCUUCGCCUUAAAUCCCGCACCUCUCAUCACCUCCAAGGCUUCAACUCCCUCUGGUUCGUCCGCCUCCUCUUCACCGCCUUCGUCGCCGCCUCCGCUUUCUCCGAAAUCCUUCGCCUCCCCUCCUUCCACCGAAGCCACCGCCUCUCGCAGCAAGCCAACCUCUGCAAAUUCCACGUCGUCCUCUCCCUCGGUUUCUUCCAGCCCGGCUUCCUUAUCUCUCUCCUGUUCCUCCUCAAUGUCUCCAUCAAAAAUAGAAACACAAACAACCAAUGGGCCAUCGGCGUUAUUUUCCUUCUUUGUUUACCCGUUCUGGUUCUUCAGGCCUUCUUCGUUUUCUUCUCGCCCUUGGAAGCGAACGUGCCAUAUGUCUUUUUCUCGAGCUCGCUUUUCUCCAUUGAUUCCUUUCACCACAAGUCGUUACUCUGCAUUUACCCGUUGUUUAGCACCAUAGUUUUCGCCGGGUUUGGGAUUACCCUCUCGCUGUGUUUCUUGUUCUCGUAUUGGAGGGUGGUUUCGCUGGUGAUCAACAAAGGCACCAGCUUUCGAAUCCACGCUCUGGCCUUCUCCAUCCUCAUUUCCCUGCCGAUGCAGGUGAUUUUUCUGGCCUUCUCCUCGUUCUUCCGGCCGGAAGAAGCCAUUUACAGCUGCUUCAUGUUGGGCAAGUUCGUCUGCGUUCUGUGCUGCGCUACCGUGGGCGAGAGUGUUUUGGUAAUUAAGCCCAUCACCGACGCGUUGUCCGCCGGCGGAGACUGCUGCCAGUGGGACGCCAGUGUCACGCCGCGGCCGAUGGAGGUUGAGUAA